AUGAAGCAGUUGAUUCGCCGAUUAUCUCGAGUCGCUGACUCUUCAACCUACACGCUACUCCGAACAGACUCAACAACAACAGCAGCAGCAACUCGUCGCCGGCGACCUUCCCGCCGAGGCAAUUCGUUCCGGAUGGAAGUUUUAUCGAAGAUCCGGAGAUCUUCGACCGUUGUUCCCGAAGGACAUGUUCCGAUCUACGUCGGAGACGAGAUGGAGCGGUUCGUCGUGUGCGCGGAGCUUCUGAACCACCCGAUUUUCGUGAAGCUUUUGAACGAAUCGGCGCAGGAAUACGGUUACGAACAGAAAGGCGUGCUUCGGUUACCGUGCCACGUGUUCGUUUUCGAGCGCGUGCUUGACGCGCUAAAACACGGACACGACACGCGCCGUAUCGCUGAACUUCUGAACUCGUCUGAAGAAGAAUUAUGCUGA